UAACUAUUUUUAAUGUAAAGUAAAAAAAAAAACUAAUCACUCAAAUGUGCCCUGCUUCAUCUUUACUGUUUCAAAUAAAUUAGAAACAUGAACGCAGAAAUACUAGUCCACUACCUUAUUUCAAAUCUAAUCUAAAUUUAUUUCUAAAGCGUUUUCAUGCACAAAGUGCUUUACAGUAUAAAACACGGCAGUCUUUUAUCAAUUGCACUUAAUGAACGGAAGGGGGCAGCAACACGCCAAUGCUUCAUUUAACUUCGUAAUCUUAUCGGAAAAAGAAGAAGAUAAUUAACACUCACAGGUACGUUUUUAAGGAUAGUAUCAGUAUGUCAAAUUUGGUGCCCUACGAAGAAACCAUACGCCAAAUGUAUGGAAACGGUUUUUCAGACAAACAGAUAUCCAAUUAUCUAAUCUUUGAAAUGGGGCUGCGUAGAGGAGCUUCUGAAAGAAGCAUAAGACAAUUUAGGAUUGACAGGGGACUCGUCAGGAAGACUGUCUCAGAUGAACACCUAGAGCUAGCCGUUGCUGAAGCCAUAUCCAAGACCGGACCAAGAUAUGGCCGAAAGAUGAUGACGGGCUAUUUGGCAGCACAGGGUGUCCGUGCAUCAGAGGUUCGCGUGGGAACGGUUUUAUCACAGAUGCACGAGCCCUACCAUCAAGAGAGACGUCAGGGAGCAGAAAACCUGAACCCACAGCCAUACCAAGCUGAGUAUAUGGGACAUAAGCUGCACAUGGACCAGAAUGAAAAACUGGCCAUGUAUGGUGUAACCCAUGUUUUGGCAAUUGAUGGAUUCAGCAAAAAAGUCGUCGCACACUCUACAAUGCCAGUAAAAAAUAAUCUAACAAUCUACCAGGAGGUGUACCGUCAAGCAGUCCUUGCUUAUGGGCUAUGGGACCAAGUUAGAGUGGAUCAUGGUACAGAGUUCUACCUCAGCUUGUUUAUUCAAGAAAUGUUGGCUGAGCAUCGGUACAACAAAGAGAGAAGGCCAUACAUCCAAUCUACAUCAACAAAAAAUCAUACAGUGGAGAGGAUCUGGCCUGAAAUAAACACAAGGGUCAAUUAUCCCAUUAAAACUGCUAUUGUUCAAUUGAUUGACCAAGAAAGACUGAACAUGGAUGACAACUUAACGAGGUACUGCACAUCCAAUCUGACCUGUCAGUUAAGCAACAUUGGAGUACAGAGAACGUUGCAGGCAUGGAAUGCCCAUCGAAUCCCGGGCAAAGGCAUUCCCAACAAUUUGGCACAAUGUGGCUGCAAGGCAAAUGUCACCGAAGACCUUCUCCCUGAAGCUUCUGCUGCUGCAGAUUUCUACAGACAAGAAGUGGGGAGUUCACUGACUAGAGAGUCGGUAUUUGGUACUGACCCAUUCCUUUCAGAGGAGGACAAGAGUCAGGCAGAAACAGAGUUCAGUUUGCUUCACACAGAUGUAGCAGCUUUGUUUGACUCUGUAGUAAACAGGCACUUCACACCAUUCCAAGAGUGUUUGAUAGACCUUGUAAACAUAACUAGGAGGUAUGUGUGAGAUGGGUUCCAGACAGGUGAGGAAUUUCAGGUGGGAUGUAACAGUGUUGCAGGCUUUUGUUUUUAUUGUUACAAGUAAGUUGAAUUUUGUUUAUACUUUGAAAUUAUCUUAAAGUUUUCAAUUCAUGUUAUUGAGCAGUUUAGUUUUAGUCUCAAAAUGUCUUCAGAAUAUACGGGUUUCAUAUUUGUCUUUAAUCUUUGUUCAUUGUAUAACACACAUUUUGCAAUUUCAAAAUCCAUUGGUACUUAGGGGAGAACAAACAUAUAAUUGUAUGCUCAUUAGGCCGUUACAUUUGUUAAUAAACCAUAUGUCUGUGUAAUAUUUAGUAUUCUGUGGUUUUACAUUAAGGUUCAGAAAAUCAAAAUCAAUAGAACGUUUAGAAUUUGCUCCUUUUAGUAGGCAACAUGAAAAGUAUAAAACCCUCUAUUCACAUUAUCUGGGACUCAUUGGACCAAGCUGAAUAUCUUUUUGAUAAAAAAAGGAAGGAUUUUAUUUUGUUAUUUUUUGUUAUUUUUUCCCCCCCAGAAACCAAAAACCGACAUCCUGGUGUGUACAGAAAAGGUUAGGAUAGGAUAAAGAAUAUAUAUACUAGAGAUGGGUAGAUAAAGCCUUGUGAAAGUUUUGAGAUCUAUUCCCUAUUGUUAAAAUAAAAAUAGAUGAAAUAAAAAAAUAAAUAGAUUUGAAGCUACAAAUCCUCAAGAAAGACCAUACUAGGGACAUCUAGUGGUCGACUACAGCAGCCACAAAAACGUCUGCAUGAUUCACACAAUUUCAUCUGUUCUUCCAACACAAAAGCCAUAAAGUCCUUUUGAAGCCGUUAUGUCUUCAUUCUGGAGACAUUGUCCAAUUGUGAAAAUGUAACAUUUAAAUUUUAUUUUACUAAUAAAACAUGUUAAUGUGUUGUCCUGUCACUUUAGUAUAAUUUGGCUACUUGAAUCAUGAUUUAGAUUAACGUGACAGAUUUACGCUGUGAGAUCGUCGGGCAUUUCAAAAUCAGUGUUUUGGAGGUAUGACCUUAAUAUUACAGGCUAUGAUUGGUGAACUAAACAACCAUAUUAGAAAUUACUUAAAUAUUAUGGAUGUUAUGUUUUUGCUGUCGUUUGGGAGAGUCUGUCUGUUGGCAACUUUAUGCAAAAACUGCUGAACAGAUUUCCAUGAUUAUUUGGCUGAGAAAGGGUCUUGGUCUAAGACUCCAUUAAAUUUUGGUAUUGAUCCGGAUGACCAUCUGGAUCCAGGAAUUUUUUCAAAGGAUUUUUUCUCAUUGUAAGAUAGGACAAUUUUCAGUAUGUGCAUAUAACUUCACAGUAAAUGGGCAAAAAGGUUUGACAAGAUAGGGGAGACCGGGGAUGGUUGUAACACUUUUUGCUGCAACACCUGUAACUCAUUGAAUUUUUGAGCUACAGUUCUCAAACUUUUAUAUGAAAUACCCACAUUUUUUCACAAAAAAUGCACCAAUUCAGAAA